GAGGACAGCCUGGCUUCCCUGCCUCCCUCCCUCCCUCCCUCCCUCCCCAGUUUCCCUUCCUUUCUCUGACUAAUCUUUGAGAGCUUUUCUUUGGCCCGUCCCCAUCUCUUCCCCCCGAAAGCGCCUCUUGGCUCCCCAUCCUCCCCCUAAAGGUCUCUGUCUCCCGGGCCUGCCUUCCUUCCCGGCGGGGCUUCCCUUCGGGGUACAGCAUGAAGAGCAGCAGCGGCGGCGACGGCGGCGGCGAUGGCAAGGCGCGCUAAGACGGCGGUGCGGACGCUGGAAGACCUGACGCUGGACUCGGGCUAUGGUGGGGCGCCCGACUCGCUCCGCUCCUCCAACGUGUCGCUCUGCUGCUCCGACUCCCCGCUCCAGGCUUCGGCGGCAGGAGCCCCCCUCUCGGCUGGCGGCGGCGGCGGCGCCCCCUCGUAUGGCCGAGGAGGAGCAGGGGCCCCCGGCUGGCCGCCUCUCGCCGCCUCCUCCUGCUCCAUGCAUAGCCGCCACAACAGCUUCGACACGGUCAACACGGUCCUGGUGGAGGAGGAGGAGGAGGAGGCCGAGGGGCUGGAGUGCGGGGCCGCCGGGCAGCGCUGCGCCAGGCUCCUGCCGGACCUGGAGGACGAGGUGCCCUGGAGCCUGGAGGAAGUGGAGGCCUUGCUCCGGAGGCCCAGGAAGGGGCUGCUGGCGGUGGGGCCCUUCGGCACCUCCAGCUCCAGCUCCAGCUCCAACAGCGGCGCCGGGGGCCUCCCCCCUCCUCCUGCUCUCCCCGCGGCUGCUGCCGGCCUGCCCUCCCGGGAGGCCCUGAACCGCCUCUCCUGCCUGCUGAGCCGGGCCCUAGUCCGCCUGGCCCGCGAAGCCCAGCGCCUGAGCCUCCGCUUCGCCAAGUGCACCAAGGCCGAGGUGCAGAGCGCCAUGGAGAUCGUGCUGGGCUGGCGCCUGGCCUCCAGCUCCACCGCCGCCGCCCUGGCCGCCCUCUCCCUCUACAACAUGAGUAGCACCGGCGGGGACCGCUUCAGCCGGGGCAAGUCCGCCCGCUGCGGCCUCACCUUCUCGGUGGGCAAGUUCUACCGCUGGAUGGUGGACAGCCGCGUGGCCCUCCGCAUCCACGAACACGCCGCCAUCUACCUGGCCGCCUGCCUGGAGAACCUCUUCCGAGAGGUCUACGCCAGGGUCCUCGCCUCGGGCCCCCAGCACCACCAGCAGCAGCCCCUUCCUCACCCUCCUCCUCCUCCUGCCCACCUCCUCCACCACCAUCAGCAGCAGCACCAGAACAACCCCCAGCCCCACCUCCCCCCACCGCCUCCACCGCCUCCUGCUCAACUCCACCAUCACCACCACCACCAUCAUCCCAGGGGCCCAGGGGUCAAUGCUGCCUCGGCCGUGGCCGCUGCUGCUGUGGCGGCGGCCACGGCUUCUCUGCCUCCGGCUGCAGCAUCAGCAGCAUCCGCCUCCUCUGCGUCGGGUGUCGUUGCUGCUUCUUCUUCUGCUGUUGCUGCUCCAGACAACAAGGACCGGGAGAGUCACCUCGCCCUCAGCAGCAAUGCCGCCUCUACUGCCACUGCUCCUACUCCUACCACUCACGAAGCCCCCAAGUUUACGCUGGAGGCCCUGGAGCAGACGGUCAGCAACGACUCGGAGCUGUGGGGGCUUCUGCAGCCUUACCAGCACCUCAUCUGCGGGAAGAACGCCAGCGGUGUUCCUUGUCUGCCAGAAAGCCUGAAUCUUCAUAAAGAGCAACAAAGGUCAAAUAAACCAGGGGAAGUACAGAUGUUUAGCCAAUCUGAGUUACGAACAAUCGAGCAAUCUUUGCUUGCAACCCGUGUGGGAAGCAUUGCAGAACUCAGUGACCUGGUGUCUCGAGCAAUGCAUCACCUGCAGCCACUAUGUGUAAAGCAGCAUAGCAACAGCACUCCCAUGCACCACAAGCAGGGGUCGCUCUACUGGGAACCAGAAGCUUUGUACACACUCUGCUACUUUAUGCACUGCCCACAGAUGGAAUGGGAGAACCCGAACGUGGAACCUUCUAAAGUCACCCUCCAGACAGAAAGGCCUUUCAUAGUGCUGCCACCUCUGAUGGAAUGGAUAAGAGUAGCUCUGGCUCAUGCAGGGCACCGUCGCAGUUUCUCCAUUGAUAGCGAUGAUGUACGGCAAGCAGCCAGGCUUUUGCUACCCGGAGUUGACUGUGAACCUCGGCAGUUAAAAAUCGAUGACUGCUUCUGUGCUUCUCGGAAAUUGGAUGCAGUAGCUACAGAAGCAAAAUUCAAGCAGGAUCUGGGGUUCCGAAUGCUGACCUGUGGACGCACAGAUCUGGUCAAGCAGGCCAUCUCGUUACUAGGGCCCGAUGGAAUUAACAGCAUGAGUGACCAGGGCAUGACUCCACUGAUGUAUGCUUGUGUGAGAGGAGAUGAAGCUAUGGUCCAGAUGUUGUUGGAUGCUGGAGCAGACCUAAAUGCUGAGGUUGUCAGUACUCCUCAUAAAUAUCCAUCCGUCCACCCCGAGACCCGCCAUUGGACUGCUCUGACAUUUGCUGUGUUGCAUGGACAUAUUCCUGUAGUCCAGUUGUUGCUGGAUGCAGGAGCCAAAGUAGAAGGUUCUUUGGAACAUGGUGAAGAAAACUAUUCGGAAACUCCAUUGCAACUGGCAGCAGCUGCUGGAAAUUUUGAAUUGGUUAGUCUCCUUUUGGAACGAGGUGCUGACCCCAUGAUUGGAACCAUGUACAGAAAUGGAAUUUCUAUGACUCCACAAGGUGAUAUGAACUCCUUCAGCCAGGCUGCUGCACAUGGACACAGGACUGAACAUGCGCAGCUAGCAAGAUGUAAGCAUAUAAGAAAUGUGUUUCGUAAGCUGCUUGCUCAGCCAGAGAAGGAGAAGAGUGAUAUCCUGUCCCUGGAGGAGAUACUGGCUGAGGGAACUGACUUGGCAGACAGCACUCCCGCGCCUUUAUGUGCCAGCCGCAACAGCAAGGCCAGACUGAAAGCUCUGAAGGAAGCUAUGUAUCACAGUGCCGAACAUGGAUAUGUGGAUGUAACCAUUGACAUAAGGAGCAUAGGUGUACCAUGGACUCUCCAUACAUGGCUGGAAUCCUUGAGAACUGCUUUUCAGCAGCACAGAAGACCUCUUAUACAGUGCUUGCUGAAAGAAUUUAAAUCAAUCCAGGAGGAAGAAUACACUGAAGAACUGAUUACACAAGGAUUGCCUUUAAUGAUUGAGAUCUUGAAGGCAAGCAAGAAUGAAGUGAUUAGUCAACAACUUGCUGUCAUUUUCACACAUUGCUAUGGACCCUAUCCUAUUCCCAAGCUUGUUGAAAUCAAACGCAAACAGACAUCUCGUUUAGAUCCUCAUUUUCUUAACAACAAAGAAAUGUCAGAUGUUACAUUCCUUGUGGAAGGAAGACCAUUUUAUGCACACAGAGUACUACUGUUUACUGCAUCCCCAAGGUUUAAAGCUCUUUUGUCCAGCAAACCUGCAUCUGACAGCACUUUCAUUGAGAUCAGCUAUGUGAAGUAUCCCAUUUUCCAGCUUAUUAUGCAGUAUCUCUACUAUGGAGGUGCAGAAUCACUUCUCAUUAAAAACAAUGAAAUAAUGGAGCUUCUAUCUGCUGCUAAGUUUUUCCAGCUUGAAGCAUUGCAACGACACUGUGAAAUCAUCUGCGCAAAAAGUAUCAACACAGAAAAUUGUGUGGAUAUUUAUAAUCAUGCCAAGUUUCUUGGAGUCACGGAAUUGGCUUCCUAUUGUGAGGGUUAUUUUCUAAAAAAUAUGGUGGUUCUAAUUGAAAAUGAAGCUUUUAAACAGCUGCUAUAUGACAAGAAUGGAGACUCAUCUGGCCAAAACGUACUACAAGAUUUAGAAAGGACGUUGGCAGCACGGAUCCAGUCAAUUCAUUUGUCAUCAUCAAAAGGAUCCAUUGUAUAAAUUUCAAGAACAGUGUGAAGUUUUGGGAGAAGUACUGCAAGUGAAUUAUUGCUGUUGCAGUUUCUUGAGCAAAUAUAUAACAUUCUCUUUCCUUCUGGAGUAUUAUAUUGUGGGCCAAAGGUGCUGUCACUUACUUGAAUCUUCUCUUGGGCAAGAGGUUGUGGUACAUGUGACUUCUAUGCAUUUUUGGAACUACAAGGAUGUAUUGCUAUCCUGUGAGUUGCUGUUUAGAUUUUGAACACAGAAGUGCUGUCAUGCAGCUAAUGCCAACAGAGAGUGGACUAUAUUCUGAUGAAUAACAGAAACCCCAAAUAGAAAAAGGAUGCCAUGGAACAAUUAUUUUAUAAAAUCAACACAUCAUGUUGCUUUUGUUACAGUGUCAUACUGUUUUUAAGUUUUUUUGGUGAGAGCUGUACUCUUCCCUGUCUCACACAGUUCAUUGUAUUAUGCAUUUAAGAAACAUAUGACCUGAUAGCUGCUCUUUAGCAAGAGUCAAAGAACUGGUAAGACUGUUAUAAAUGAGAAUAUAUAUAUAUAUAUAUAUAUAUAUAUAUAUAUAUAUAUAUAGUGGCGGAAACUUUUUAAAAUUAUUCAUUUAAAAUGGGGCAGCUUUGCAGUUUAAUUUCCCCCCUUUAUGUUCCAGAGUCCAAAUGUUAUUUUCAACAGAUAUAUAUUUGAGAAUGUAUGUAACAAGUUAAGUUUGGGUUUUAGCUUUGUUUCUGUUUUUUUCAAUGGUAAAAUGUAUAUUCUGUAAACAAACAUCUGAAAAUGGUUCCACUCAUAUUCUGCUUUACUUAACAGUGGUAUAAUCUUGCCUGAAUGGUUAUGGUUACACCAAAGAGGUGCAAUUAACAAGGACUCAGUAGUUUGGUUUGGGGGAAAUUCUGCAUGCUAACUGUGGUUUGGGGUUUAAAACAGCAAUGAAAUUCAACAUGGAUUUGCAUGGUAAUGGUACCUGUGAAUUGUUAUGUUUGUGCUUAAUUUUGCAAAAAAAAAAAAAAAAGACAAUGCAAUGUUAGUUCUUUGUCAAAUUCCAUUUUUGUGAAGUUCUAUUUCAGGGUUUUAUUUUCUGGUUGCAUAUAAUUCCCAUGUAGAAGAAUUUUAAAAAUGAAGAUUUCUAGUUAUUCUAUGGGAAGGGUCAAUCCAGGGUCUUUAUUCAAGAGAAAUGUUAGUAUUUUGCUACUGGGCAGAUGUUAUGAUGAAGAUGAUUUAUUUUAAUUAUAUAUUAAAUAUGUACCAUAGAGUGAUUUCUUGAGGUCAGCUGAGAAUGUGUAGGCCAUGUGCUUAUGAAGACCUGUAACAGGCCUUGAGUUAUUUAGUGACAUAUUUUAAGCAAACUGUUACGUGCCAUGCUGAUUCUUGACCUUUUUUUCUGAUCAAUUAGUUUUGCAGGAACCACAGUAAAGAUUUAUUCCACCACAAUCUUUAUCAUAUUACCUUUUCCUUGGCAGAACAGUGUGAAUGUACCUGUCUUUGGGAAAAUUAUGACUGAUUGAUUAACUCUGGAUAUUUUCAUAGUACCAAUGCAAGGUAAAUCCUAGAUCUCUUUUUAUAAAGGUGCUAAUUCACAUUUACAGAUUUUUUGAAAUUGUUCAGGAAUCCAGUUUUUGUAUAAGACAACAGGAAAAUAAGAAGCUAUUCUGUGACUCUAAACUUCAAAAUCCUUCUUAGCUGUUUUAAAUCAUUUGUGCAACAGCACUGCAAAAUUGUCUAACCUGCUAUUAAUGUUGGAGAGGCACAGUCUGGUGGUGGAGGCAGAAUGGAGCAACAUUUUCCCCUUCCCAUAUUUUCCAUAAUUAGAAGGGAUAAUUUAAGUUGUUUUGCUGCUUCAGGCAGAGAACAAGAUGGUGCCCUGCUCAUUCCAUUUAUAGAGGCCUAGUGGACUAGCAGUUCAGUCUUACUCAACACACUGGCUACGUGGUUAGCAUUCUUCAUCACAGCUAAUGGCAGCAGGUGGAGGACAGGCUAUACAGAUCACACUGUUCUAUGCUCUGUUCCUCCAAGAAGGAGCAAGAGAUGGAAACUCAGGUGGAAUGAUUAGGAAGUGCUGCUGCUGCUACCCUUCUGCAUCUUCCACUUAAAACAGUUGCUUCACUCUUCUUGUCAUGGUUGGACCAGAUUAUUAGCAAUUUACCUUUCUGGGAAUGUUGCAGAAUUCAUUGGGUAUGGGAUGGGGAGAAGCCAGCCAAGGUGCUUCCAUUGUAUUUGCUCUGCUUCCUCCAUCUCUAGAAAAUAGUAGUACACAGAAGAUGGGUUGUUUUAGUAAUUCAUCAGUGGUACUUGAAAGCCUUGAGUGCAUUAACUGCCAAGCUGACAAAGAGUGAUUGAUGGAGGACCAAUGCAGCAGAAAAGUGUUUCGCCAAGAAUCAUUGGAAUGUAUUGCAUGCAUGAAUGUUAUUAAUAUGGGGAAGAAAGCAAUUUUUAAAAAACAAAUGCCCUUCCUCUUUAACCUUCCUUUUUUUUUUCAAAUUUAAAAGGCCCAAAGCAAUCUUAAGCAUUACUUGAGAAUUUUUUUUCAUAUCUUUAGAAUUAGUCUGUGAGAACCAAAAUAUGUGUGUGUGGUGGGAUAAAGCAUUUAUAUCAUUGGGGAAUCUAAUGGUAGUUCCCUGAUUGAUCUGCAAAACAUUAGCAAGGAUUAACCACAGUAGCAGCAAAAAGACUAGUGCAUAUAAACAUACACACAUAUACACUUCCAGAGUGGGUAAACAGUGGGUUUGGGGAGGAGGGCAAUUGAGUCUUAGACCCAUCAAAGUUGUCCAUGGCUGUAGUGGCAGUCCUUCCACACAAAAUUUUAAGCUGUUCUGGGUUCAGAAAUCUUUCUUAUAUACCAGACUUAGCACGAUGGAUCUGAGAGGUCUCUAAUAAAAACAGAAAGGAGAUCCCAUAAAACUAAAAUCCAUUUAUCGCUGUUAUACCAUUAAUAAGAAGUAUUAGUGCCAUUUAUUUAGAAACUCCUACUUCACAAAGGUUUGGAUUGUAAGAAAAUGGAAGGAAGCUCAGGAAAGAAAUAUCCCUAUCCCUUUCGGUAUGCUGCAGCUGCUUGUACCCUAUCCAACACUUUACAAAAGUCUGAAGGUUUUUUUCAGGGCACCGAAAGCAGGAGCACAGCCAUGUUUGUCAGGGGUGAGGGUGCAGUGUGGUGCCUUUCCUAUACUAGUGGCCUUGUUUAUUUGUAAGAACUAGGGAUGGAAAAAUAUUUUGAAGAUGAUUGAAAAACAUGCUUCUUGAGUGUCGGGAAUCCCUGACAAGAAGAAACUUGAAGUUAAUCUUCACAGUUUGGGAGAUUUUCUGUGCAGAUAUAUUACUUUAUCUGAGAAAAUGUAGUUUCCUGCUUAGAAAAGGCUGUUUUCUGUGCAAACUUCCCCAAACCAUGCAUAUUUUGCACAAAAUAAGCCCCCAAUUACGUUUUCUGUACACAUAGAGAAAUAGUAUUUUCUGCCAAUGCCAAACAUAACUGUACUUGAAGAAAAAGAAACCUGUGUCCGGCUCCGUAACUGUGCACUCUGCAGAACAUCUAGUUUGGCCCUUGCAUAAAGUUAACACCUUUCUUAGUUAGCUACAUGGUAAAUGGAAAUUAAGGUGGGUGUUUUUUUAGCCCCAAAAUGGACAAGUAUAGAUUAGAAAGCAUGGGUUUGAAUUUCUAUUACAUAACUGGAAAAUAGUAAAUUUUACAGUUCCAUCUGCUUUCUUUAGUUCUCUAGCAAUGCAAACCUAUAGAUAUCUUCUUGGAAGAAAAUCUUUUGAUUUCCCUGGGAUUUACUCCCUAAUAAUUCAGUGCAUGAUUACAGGGCAAAUCAUCUCUAAAAACACAGAGACACAUAUUUUCAUUAACUUUUUCACUCUUCUUGCUUGCUUCUCCUUUUAAACAUUUUCCUUGAAUGUCUUUUAGACCCUCAAAUUCAGUCUCCCAGUAUUGAAUAUGUUCAGACAGGGAAUUGGCCAUGACUUAUAAGAAAUGAGCUGUAGUUUGCUAAAAGGAUUUUUUGUGGGACUAAAGCAGACACUUUUGUAGAAGGAGAGGGAUCAUGCUUCACUCAAUAUUCCAGGACUAUCCAUCCAACUAUCCACUUUCCUUUAAAACAAGAUGUUUCUCAUAGGAAACACAAUGAGUUUCCUAAGCAGUAUGUCAUUUGUCAAUCAAAAUACAGGAUGCAGUUUCUUCCCCAUUCUUAAACAAGUGUCUUAGGUAAACUAUAAUGAAAGGUGAAAUAGGUAAUACAAGAUCUUGGAAAACUGAGCUGUAAAGAAUCACAUAUGGUUGUUAAUGUUUGCACUCCAGCUACAAUAUUAAAGAAAAGAGAAAGUGAAUGGAGGUACAUUUCCCAAAGUACAUAAAAUCCGAGGGGAGAAGAUUGUGUGGAAUACAGGCAUAAAUGGUAAAUUGGCAUUAGAUUGAGCAGGGGGCGGAAAGAAAGAAAGAUCUUGGUGACCCAGAAAAGCCUUGGAACAAGCUAGAUAGAUAUAAUAUCUAUAGAGUAAUGGAACCAGAUUUGGGAGCACACCAGCUGCUGGCAAACAUAUGUGUUCCUUACCAGAGUCAAGAUCUGAAGGGAAACAGUUCUGUAAAUCAGCAGCAGAGCCAGCCAUGGGGAUGCCAGUUGGCUAGUGCUGGUAAUGUCACCAGCUGUCAAAACUGUUUUGCAGCUAUUUCUAAAACAUUUCCUUUUAAAAAGACCAGCAAAAUGGGGGUGGACAAAUGGGCAAAUGGUUGUUUAGCAAGCAACACCUGCUGAAAUUCUCUCAUCUAUACAUAAAAGGGAUCGGUGUCUUGUCCCUUAUUUCAUCUGAGAACUCUAGUGUGCAGAUAUGACCUCUCAUGCUACACGCAUGGAAAAGGCAGGAACCAGAAAGAUUUGGGGGACUCCCACACCCCACUCUCAGGUAGGCUGACACAUUGACAUCAUCCUCUUUUCUGCUAGAAUGUUUUGCCAAUAUAAGGAUGAUGCUACAUCAAGCAGGUGCAAAUAACCCCUUCCAUGCCACUGGACAACAGUAUUGAUUGCCUGUGAUAUUAGCCAAGGACUCCAGAAUUCCCCUGCUUGCUGCGAAUAGUAUGCAUUAUACAGAUAUAUAGAUUAUAUAGAUAAUAUUAUACAGUCUGCAGUUACUCCUAUGUUUCUUGAAGUACUGUUCCAUCAGAAGCUGUUUUUAUAUAAUCUAUUAUUGUGUUGCAUUUAUAGUACAUCAAUAAUCCAGCCACUGCACCAGGGCCUCACACUACGCCCCUCCAGACAUUUUUUUUCAGUUGCAGGUCCUAUGAUGUCUCACUGUUGGCUAUGUUGGAUAAAGCUGAUGGGAACUAUAGGCCAAACUCAUCCAGAGAACCACAAUUGCUCACCCCUGCACUACCCUGUGCUAGUUCUGAUUUGCCAUUCUUUCAAAUUGCCUUCUUUGGGCAGCAUUCCUAAGAAAACUGGAUACAAAUACAAGUUGACAGUAUAAACAUGAAUUCUUGUGGAGCUGUGCUUUAAGAAAUAAGAGUCUUCAGUCUUCUCCCCACAGUAUAGGAGUAGUUGUAGAAUACUAACUUUUGAGCAAAUGUUUCUAUAUCAUUAAAAAUAGAGAGAGGGGAGUUUGCUACAGAGUUGCCUGAAAAUGGAAAAAUGCCAGAAAACCAACAGAUAGUAGAACAGUUAUUCAUUUGACAGCUGUAGGUUGAGUUGAAUUUUGAACAUGGGAAUAUGAACAUAUUGCAGCUACCACCACCAUUCUUGUUUCUGUUCUCCUCUAUUCAUGGAUGUUGAAUGCUUUGUCAUUCUUAUACAGCAAAUAAAAAAAUCAGUUUCCAUUAUCAGUCGAAAUAGUUCCACUGUGUUGGUGGAAGUGAAUGUGACCAGCUUUACCCAUUCUGCUUUCUUCUAUUUCAGUUGCAGUAUUUCUACUGAAAUCUUCAUUGCCUCAUGGAAUCAUCAGUUAUGUUUUUCUUACCAUCUUUAAAGCAAAGGGUUUCUAAUCUUACUAAAGAAUAAAAUGCAGAUAGAUAAAUUCUGUGCUAGGGUGAAAAAGGAGUAUGGCUUUAAAAAAAGAGAGCGAAAAAGAGAGCUGGAAAAUAACUGGGUAUAGCUAGUCCAAAGCAGAAAUAAUUGGGACACUUCAGAAUAGCUGGUGAUGCAAAGUCUUAGUGAGCAAAGCCCAGAUCACAUGCUAUAUUUUAAAGAACAUGCCAAAUAUCUUUUUAGAGUACUCAUAAAAAUAUGAGGUGUUAAUAUUCCAAAUGCAUGUGUCAUACAGGUACACUUGUCAGGGACCAUAAUGGGCUGAGUUAUCCAGUGGAUCUCCUCUUGGUGGCAAACCCACGUUGGCCUUUCUGUUAUGUUUGCAAUAACUAUAAAUCUUCAAGCAGCUAACACCCAUGAAAUUUCAACUAUCAAUUACGGCAAUAUUUAGUGACUUGCCACCCUUCUUUGUGGGGAUAAAUUAAAUAUCCAAAGACUUCUUAUUCUAUAGUACUUAAAUGAAUCCUAAUGUUUAUUUUCAACUGAACCAUUAAAACGUUCUUUUCACCUGUGUUCAAAACCAACUGUUUCUGUCUUUUACACAGUUUCUUGUGUUUUGGCUGGCCACAGGCCACAAACCACUUAUAGUUCUGCCACUUAAAAGUAAACAGUCUGUGAAUAGCAGCUGUGCCUUUUUUCUCAAUACCAUCAUUAAGCAUUAACAGUUAUCCCAUUAAAUCCCAUUAAAUUUCCUCACAAUGCAGAUACUAUGUAAAGAUUUUGUUUUGUCUAAUACCUGAGGUGUACUUCAGGUUCAGUAUAGGCAAAUCAGAAGAUGACAUUUCUCACACCCUAUUGCUUUGCUGUACCAAAUUAUUGAGAUCUAUAAUUGCCAAUAAAGAUUAUAAGACAUUGACACAUUUCAAAGCCUUGUCAGAACCAAAGAACCAUUUUGACUGGAAUAGGUUAAAGCUGUUAAAGCUGUUAUACUGAAUUCUCUGCCAGAUUCCUGCUGAAGCAGUUACACCAAACUCAGCAAAAUUCCACUCAUUUCCUGCCUUUAACUUCUAGUAAUGCUGCCGAACAUUAAAGACAUAUUGUGGCUGGAUUCCAAAUGAGAGUUUCAUUAUUUUGUGUCUUGAAAAAGCCUUUCUAUUUGGACACUAUGAUAUUCUAUUCUGUCUGCAGCAUUCUGUGGUUUUGUAUAGGAUCCCUUUGUAGAUUUCAUAGUACAGUGGUGAACCUCUUGUUUCAUGGAACUAUGGAGCAACACUGUGUAGUUCUGCGGUGUUCUUAGCACUGAAGACUAUGGGGUUAUGUUUGAUUCUCUGGAAACAAAGUAAGCUGCAACUAGAAAUCUAUGAAUCUUGUACUUCUAAUGUUCAACAGAGGACUAAGAAUCAGUGCUUAGAAAAGAACUUUUUAAAGACUAUAGCUCCCAUAAUCCCCUAACCAGCUCACAGAUUGAGAGUUGUAGUUCAAAAAAGUAACUUUUCCAGUAUUGUAUUUUUCAUUAUAAGGUGCUGGAAUCAGAUAUGAAACGUCAGAGGUGACUGAAUUCUAGAAUAUCGUUGCUAGGCUGAGUAAUACCAUUUCCUAAUACUGAAACUUAAUUUUGCUGCAUAUGCCUCAGUGCACAAUGUGAUUUGAUGGUCAACAUGUUGGCUUUAGAUCUGACAGAUUUAGUCAUAGUGCUUCCUUAGAAAAGGCACAAUUCCUUAAGCCUCAUUCCCCAAAAUGAAAAUAACAACCUACCUCACUAAUAAUUUGUCCCUCACUCUGGCAUAGACAGAUAUGUGGUUUUCUAAAAUCCUACCUAACUACGCAACCUGAGUCAGGCAAAGCAACCACAGCACUUAGAUACUUGAUCCCAUCAUGGUCUGACUAAAUCACUGGGUGACUGAGAAAAGAGUUUAGCAUUACAUACCCUUGCAACUGAUGAUAUAGUCCUCCCCUACCUUACCAACCAUCACUCACAUUGCAAUAGUAAUUCCAUGUGUCUUACUCAGUUUUGAUUAGUCUUUCCCACAGACAUGCCAUACAUUAAGCCUUGUAGUAUGAAAUGGGACCACUGCACUUGAUUAGUAUGUGUGCACACCUGUUUGGCCUCUGGCCUAUUGAGUGAAGAGUAGAUCUGACAGACAUAGAACAGAGCACAGUCAAUGCUCUAUGCUGUAUUUCUAUCAAUGCCCACCCCCUCCAUAUCCAGCAGUGCCAUGAUCCCUUGCUACCCAUGUAACCAGUGAUGGGAUUCCAUGUUAGUGGUGGGUCCUGAAUUCACAAGCUAUUGCAGUCCACCAAAUUACAAAUCCAGGAUUCCAUCAGAAGUUGCUAUGGCAAUUAAAAUAGAAUCAUAAUGCUAUAACUGUGUCAUGUGGAAGGGCACAAAAUGUGUUUGCUCAUAAUGCACAGAUGAACAGUGUUUAAAUUGCAGAAACCUUUGCUCAGAUUAUAAAAAAUUAAGUUCUGUAUCCUCCUGCACAAGGAGAUUUCCUAGAUUGAUUUCCCAUUAAUUAGCAGGCAAACGACCUUUGAGGAUUCCUUGUCAAAGUAAAUCCUAUGAAAUUCAUGGGGUCACCAUAGGCAACCUGAAGGCACAUACACAUUUAAAUCAUUAAAAGAAAAGGGCUCCAGAAGGCUCCCCUGGUUACAAUUGCAUGAUGGGAACGGAGCAGAGAGCCCAAUUCCACUUCCAUAGUGCCAUGAAAGAUCACACCCAUGGCGCUUGCGUGACGUUUGGGGGGUGUUUAGAUGACGUUUAUCACACGGAAGAACCUCCAUGUGAUAAACUCCAUUGUUAGACAUCUAUCUCUAGAGC